GAUAAGAGGAAAUAAGAAGAGAAGAGAAGAGAAGAAAAGAAGAAGAAGAAGAAGAGCGACGAACGGUGUUGACAAGAAACCAAAGAGGAAGGCACGCGGCAUGAAGUGAUAAGAUCGAGUAAUCGGCGGGGCCUGCCUUAUCGUCUCCUCAGGCUGCCCUCUGCUUUCCCCUCAUCGCCAACUUACUUAAAGCCUCGCUGCUCUUCUCUUUCCUCCCUCGAGUCCGUCUCUCCCAUUGUCCUGCCAUUGAACUACUUCCACCACCCACACAUACCACCGCCACCAUGUCCGACGACUCCUCCUACAUCCCCGGCCCCGAGAUCGACGCCGUCUUUGCGCACACGACCAACCUGGCGUCAUCGGCCCUGAACAGCACCGUCCUCGCCUGCUCCAACGACUACUUCGCCGCGGCCUCCAACCUGCUCACUCCCACACCCCCCAUCAACCGCCCGGGCGUCUUCAUCCACACCGGCGCCUGGUACGACGGCUGGGAAACCCGCCGCCACAACCCAGCCCCCUACGACUGGGUCGUCAUCAAGCUGGGCGUCUCCAGCGCCGCCAUCCAAGGCGUCGAGAUCGACACCGGCUUCUUCGUCGGCAACUUCGGCGAGAAGGCCGAAGUCCAGGGCACUUUCGCCCCGCACGCCCCGGAUUCCGAGCUCAUCGACCCCAAUUACACCGGCUGGUCCUCCAUCCUCCCCGCCAAACCGUGCGGGCCCUCCCAGCGUCGCGCCUGGAAAGUCCCCGACUACAACCCCCUCUCCCCGAAGCCCUACACCCACGUCCGUCUCCUCAUGUACCCGGACGGCGGGUUCGGUCGUCUCCGUCUCUACGGCCACGCUAUCCCCUCUCCCCUCGCCACCUCUGCCUCUGCCUCUGCCUCUGCCUCUGCUCCGGUCGAGGAACUCUCCUCCGCCCUCCUGGGCGGCCUGUCCCUCGCCGCUUCAGACCAGCACUACACCCCGGCCUCGAACCUGCUCCUCCCCGGCCGUGGAAAAGACAUGGGCGAUGGCUGGGAGACCGCCCGCUCCCGCGCCCCCGGCCACGUCGACUGGGCCAUCUCGAAACUGGGUCUUCCUGCCGCUUCCGUGUCGAAGGUCGUGGUCGAUACCAAGGACUUCAGGGGUAACUUUCCCCGCGCGGUCAGAGUCCAUGGCCUUGUUGCGGCCGGAGAAGGUGAUCAGGCGGUCGUCCCUGCGCAUGAUCAUCCCGGUUGGGUGGAGCUGGUCAAGGGCGAUCGCCCCUGUCAGGCUGAUACGGAACAUGUCUUCGAGGGCGACGAUUUGGUGAAUGGCGGUCAAGGAUUUACUCAUGUGAAGUUGACCCUGGUGCCUGAUGGCGGUGUUAAGCGGUUUAGGGUUUUUGGGACUCGCGCGGUCUAGAUGGGAUGAGAAUGAGAGUGGAUUUGUGGUGGUGGGGGUGGGUGAUGGGGAAAAGUAUCACGACUUGGGGGGUUUGUUUCUUUUUGUCUAUAGCCUUUUUUUGGGAUUAUUUACUUAUUAUAUAGUUGCGG